UUCUUUCUCUCUUCUUUCUCUCACGUUUCCCAAACCUCAUAAUAUUUAACUCUUUUCUUCUUCCUUCUCUUCAGCCCACCAUUUCAGAGCAUCACCAAUCUUGUACAUACAUUCUUUUUUAUCGUUUAAACAACGAACCAUAAAUCACGAUGUCAAGAACAGUGGAAGUAGCAGUUUUAUCCGCGGAGAAUCUCCAAAUGAAUAAAAAACCUUUAAGAGGAAACACAUUCGUGACGGUUCACUCCGACGCCAGCACCGACGCAGGUGCUGUCACGAAAGUGGAUUCAGAGGGUGGAAGCUACCCUUCGUGGAAUGAGAAGGUUGUGGUGAACGUGCCGUUGCAUGCAAGGUUCAUAACGGUGGAGGUGAAGUCCAAAACGUCGUCGUCGUCGUCGUUGACGGGGUCUAACAGUAUUGGCGUGGCACGAAUACCGAUUUCUGAUUUCAUCGGAGGGUACGUGCCAGAAAAUCAGCUGCAUUUCUUGAGCUACAGGUUGUGGGACGGUAACGUUAGGAGAAAUGGGGUUAUAAAUAUUUCGGUGAGGGUAAAAGUACCGGAACGUUCUUCUUGUAGUUCCAAUUCUAUGCCAUUUUCGGCGGUAACUGGGGUGCCGGUGGCCGGUAAUGGCUCCACUGGAGUUGUCACAGGAUUUCCAGCUCUUUGGUUAAACUACCAAAGAAAUAUCUGAAAAUAAAAAAAUGUGAGGGACAAACAGCGUGAAGAUUGAAGAGGAUUUGCGAAAAAAAGAAAUCCAUAAAUCAUCUGUCUGACAAACUGUUAGUCUCUAUGAAUGUGAAACUUUCCAUAUUUUGUGCACUCAAUUAUGAUAAAAAUUCAACUAUUAAAUUGAUUGAUAUGAACUUAAUUUUAUUAAUAUUUCAAAUGUACACACAAAAAGGAAGAA